AUGCCUUCUGAUAUCAACGAGCCACGUCGAUUAACUAAGAUACCACACGGAGUAGGAGCUGUGGCGGAUCAGCAAGACCAGCUUCCAUGUCCUCGCUGUGAAUCAACCAACACCAAGUUCUGUUACUACAACAACUACAACUUCUCACAGCCUCGCCAUUUCUGCAAAUCUUGUCGCCGUUACUGGACUCACGGUGGUACUCUCCGUGACAUUCCCGUCGGUGGCGUUUCCCGUAAAAGCUCUAAACGCUCUCGCACUUGCUCCUCCGUCGCUGCUUCCACCGCCGUCGGAAGCCGGGAGUUCCCGUUACAAGCGACGCCUGUUCUCUUCCCUCCGGCUUCCAGCAAUGGUGAUGUCACAUCGGCGAAGGGAAGCCCGUCGUCGGUCUACGGCGGUUUCACCUCUCUGCUCAACUACAACGUCGCAGCAAGCAGAAAUGGGCCUGGUGGUGGGUUUAAUGGGCUGGAAGGGUUUGGACUUGGGCUUGGUCACGAGUACAACGUUAGGUUUGGACAAGGGAUAACCGUCUGGCCGUUUUCCAGUAACGCUACUGAUGCUACAGCAGCUGUUACGAGCCACGUGGCUUCAGUACCGGCGACGUGGCAGUUCGAAGGUCCAGAGAGCAAAGUUGGGUUCGUGUCUGGAGACUACUAAUAAUAACCGUGAGACUAUUACCAUAGGUGUUUCAAUCUCUCUUUUAGUUUCUACUCUUUAGUUCUCAGUUUAGUGAUCUCUUAAGAAGUGUUUAAUUAUCUGGUUACUUAGCUAGAUUAACUGUGAACGAAACUACAAAUCUGAGACACGUUUGCUUGUAUUUGGCUCUAAUGUUUAAUCCCAA